AUGGAAGGAUCAGACAAUAUCAUAAGAGUCAGUGCAAAAAACAAGCCAGGUACUUAUGUAUAUGAAGGCAAAGAAAAACUCAAGAGCCAUGGUACUGUGUCUUUCCAUGCUAUGGGAAGCUCCAUAACUAACGCAAUCAGAGCUGCUGAAAGAUUGGUGUCACUUGGAUAUGGAACAAUGGAAAAGUUUGAAACUCAAAAAAUCACAUCCUCAACUACUGAAGGAGAAGAUAAAAAUGUGUGCAAGGUAGUCUUAGAGCUCAAGAAGACAGCGGACUUUGAUAGGAUAAGUGAAGAGUUUGAGAAACAGAAACAAACAAGCAAAUAA